AUGAACCUCAAAAUCGAUCACCUCGCCCUCCCAGAAGCACUCAAGGCACCGUCGAUACCCAUCCACCCCCUGCUUACUCCUUCACUCGAUGACCCCAUUGCCAAUGCUGCUCUCCUUCAGAAUGAUCCCUCGCCAACCAGUGCCGAUACCAAGACUGAUGCUGCCGUCGCCGCAGUUUCAACCAUACCCUCGACCGCUGUCUCAACGACAGCAGCAACCUUCCCUGUGAGAAUCGCCUCCUUACCCAACAAAGGCCGCUCCUACGUCGCCACUCGGACCAUCCAACCGAACGAACUCGUCUUUGUCGCCGAGGCAUAUGGGACAACCAUGUGCGAUCCAUGGCUCGACUGUGGGGUCUGUCACUACUGCUGGACCACGAUUCCAAAUCGCAAGACUCAGAUCCGUUUACCGACCAAGAGUGAUGAUACCAACGGAAAGCCAAAGAACCGAAACCAGGAUACCGCGAUGGUGUUCUGUGAUGAGACUUGUUUACGACUCUAUGGGCCGGCUACGGCAAAGACGAUCUGUCGAGUUGAGGAAAAGGUUCGCAGGACCUGGAACGACUCUGGAAUGGAGCACUGUAAGAUCACGAUGUCGUCCGUAGUCAAGCCGACGGGUUUAGAGGGCGAACAGGGGACCUCGAGCAAUGGAUCGAUUUCGGUGGCGGCAGUGGCAGCUAUAGCGACAGCGACGGAUCCGAGAUCUAUACAUUAUUCGACUUUGGUACUGCAGGCCCUGUCGAUUGCACACACACGGCAGGAACUCUUGAAUUUGAGUGAUCAGGAUUUGGCGUGCUUUUUGAACUGUCUCUGGAGCGCACUGGAUGGGAUCAUCGACGAGCAGGAAUCCUCUGUAGACACAAUGGAACCUCCAUCAUCAUCAUCAUCAUCACCACAGCAACCAGGAUAUGACUUGAAACCGGAAGCCCUAUUCCCAACGCUGGCGACGUAUUUGUUACAGGGAGACAACCAUGCGACCAUCGCCGCCCAGACGUCGGAUGAUGACUGCGAGAUUACACGCCUGAUCACAGAAGUCCUGCACCGUCGCCAGACUGAAAUGCAGGCCCACCUGCUUCCGAGCCCCUCGACGGCUUCUCAAGUUGCUAGUGUUGACCAUAUCUCGGCCGCUGCAGGUAUAGGUCCGUCCAGGGUCCCAGGGGAACGAACGAUGUUUGCGGACUAUUGUGCGAUGCAAUCAAACGAGCUGGUCAUGUUCCGACAGCAGCUGCGACAGGACAUGACUGAGCAGGAACAGUUGAAGCAGGAACAGUUGGAUCAGCACCAGGAGUCUAAGGCGAUACCUCACAAAGAUGCAGCAGAAUGGCGUCGCUUGCUCGCUCUCGUGCCUGCUCAUCUUCUGGGCUGCUUUUACAUUUAUCUCCGCCUACGAGACGCAUGUCUUCUCCUAGCGCUCGAGAACUCCUCCUCCUCCUCUCCUUCAGGACCCUCAGCCAUGAACCCAUCAACGACCACACCCUCACUCUCCAUCAACAACACCCUUUUCCGGACCAUCCUCUUUGGUGAGGUCGCCAAUUCGUUCGGGAUCAGGGACGCUUCUGAUGAGCUAAUAGGCUUCGCGGUCUUCCCACGAGCCUGCUUCUUUAAUCAUUCAUGUUGUCCCAAUGUGCAGAAGCAGAGACGACAGGGCGACCGGGCGCGACAGAUGGAGUACUGGAGCACACGCUUGAUUGAGGAAGGCGAGGAGUGUUGCAUUAGCUAUGGGGAUAUCACCACGAGCAAAGAAGACCGACAAGAGCGACUGUGGGAGAUGUACUUUUUCAGGUGCUCAUGUCCGAGAUGUCUAGAAGAAGAAGAGGAGCACACGUCAAGUGCAUAG